AUGGUCGUGAAGUUCCUGAGCGCCACGGAACUCAAGUUCGAAUCGGUGCACCUCUGGAGUGACUCGCAAAUCGUCCUGGCUUGGCUCAAGAAACUCCCGCAGCUGCUGCAGACGUUCGUGUCGAAUCGGGUAAGCGAAAUCCAAAACCUGACGCAAAACUUCCACUGGCAUUACGUUGCUACGCACGAAAACCCGGCCGACUUGAUUUCGCGGGGAGUCACACCGAAGAAGCUGAUCAAGUCCAAGAAGUGGUGGCAGGGCCGACCACGCACAACCGUAGCCGCGGCUGCGGACGAAAUCGUGAUUCCGGAUGACGAGCUGCCGGAAAUGCGAACUGGAGUAGUGCUGGCCAUGACAGUUCCUGUCGAACGUUUCCCGAUGUUUGACAAGUUGAGCAGUUUCACGGGGAUCGUCAGAAGCAUGGCCUACUUGGUGCGCUUGGCGAGGUUCGUCAAGUCGCGCAAAACGGAGGUGGUGAAGGGACGACUCACCGCCAAGGAGAUGCGCACAGCAACGCUCGUGAUUGUGCGGCUGGUUCAACGCGAAGCAUUCCAGCCAGAAAUCCUCGCACUGAUGGACGGUGCGGACACAAACCAUCGACUCAACGGGCUGAAGGCGUUCCUAGAUCCCGACGACGGCCUUCUGCGAGUUGGUGGCCGGAUCAAGCGGGCGUUCGUGCCGUACGAUAGCCGUCACCAGAUGCUGCUGCCGGCUAAGCACCCGAUCACCGAAGCACUCGUCCGAGAACUGCACGUGGACAACCUGCACAUCGGGCAACGAGGUCUGCUUGCAGUUGUACGACAACGAUUCUGGCCGCUCAACGUGAAGAGUACGAUCCGCCAAGUGAUCCGGAAGUGCAUCGUGUGCUUCAAAGCGAACCCGUUAAAGACGACACAGCUGAUGGGUGACCUCCCGUCGUAUCGUGUCCAGCCAGCUCCGGUCUUCUCGAACACCGGUGUGGACUACGCCGGGCCAUUCUGGAUCAAGGCGUCGUCGGCCACGCACCCGGGCCAUUCACUUGAGCUGGUCUCGGACCUGACGACGGACGCCUUCCUAGCGAGCUUGCGACGAUUCGCCAGCCGACGCGGGUGCCCGAAAACGAUGCACUCCGACAACGGGACCAACUUUGUCGGGGCCAAAACGGAGUUGCACGAACUUUGGCAGAUGUUCCAGAACGAGUGCGCCACGAAGAAGAUCACCAGCUACUGCGUCGAGAAGGGAAUCGAGUGGUCUUUUAUCCCGCCGCGGAGUCCACACUUCGGCGGCAUCUGGGAGGCCGGCGUGAAGCAGGUCAAGCACCACCUGAAGCGGAUUGUCGGCGAACGAAAGUUGUCCUACGAGGAACUCUACACCACGCUGACCCAGAUAGAAGCUGUUUUGAACUCGCGGCCCCUGGUGCCGAGCUCGGACGACCCGUCGGACUACACCGCGAUCACGCCAGCGCAUUUCUUGAUCGGACGCGAGAUGCAGGCCGUGCCAGAACCAGACUACUCGCACCUGAAGGAGAACCGACUGUCGCGAUGGCAGCUGGUGCAGACCAUGCUGCAGCACUUCUGGAGGCGGUGGACAGCUGAAUACCUGCCGGAGCUGCAAAACCGAUCGAAGUGGCUGAAGACGAAGGUCAUCAAGGAGGGUUCACUCGUGCUGCUCGUGGACCAGAACGCGCCGCCUCUGCAGUGGCCCCUUGGACGAAUCGUGACCGCGCACCCCGGAGAGGACGGCGUGACUCGCGUCGUUACGGUGCGCAUGGCGAAUGGAGCGGAGUUCAAGCGUGCGGUGACCGAGGUGUGUUUGCUGCCGUUGGACGAGGACGAGGAUUGA